GAGGAGGAGGAGGAGGAGGUUUAGGAUGUUUCAGAGGACACAAAGACGAGCUGCAGACAAACCUCAGAAAGUCCAGACUCUGAGUUUUGACUUAAACGGGUCCAACAAGAGGACUAUUGAAUAUCUGACGGUUUAAUGCGACGAAUCACGACGAGCCCUCAGGAGAGACGUUCGGACUUUCUAUGCUCGCUUUAUUCGAUUAAUCGGAGCUGCAGAAGGAGAGUCGUUUGGUCCUUGUUCGGGCCGGCUGCUGUCCUGUGGGAUGGACGACGCCCAGGAGCAGGACCACUACGAGGAGCGGCUCAAAGAACUUUUUAACAGUUUUGAUGGCAGCAGCUGCGGCUCGCUGUGCCUGGAGGAACUGUCUGACCUCUGUGAGUCCCUUCACCUGGAAGAGGCCGCAGCAGCUCUGAUGCAGACCCUGCUGCAGGACCAGGACCGGCGUGCUGCCAGGGUUGACUUCCAGCAGUUCAAGGAGGCCCUGAUUCUGGUUCUGUCUUCGAGCACGGAGCCUGUUCCAGCAGAAACGGAGACCUUCCCUAGAGCAG